AUGCGGAUUGAGAGUGUUGUUGCCCUCGCGGCACUAGGUGCUGCCAGACUUGUGCUCGCCACCGACUUCGAAGCCCACUGCCGUGACAUCGCGUCACAGCUCGACGUUGCCAACAGCACUGUCUGGUUUUCUCAGUACGUUCCGGGCGGCACAAACCUGACUUUCCCGGACAACAAUGUCACAUGUGCUCGCCCGGCUCAAGUCAUUCCAAAGGACAUAUGCCGCGUCGCCCUCUAUGUUGCGACAUCGAAUCGGUCCGGUAUCAGUAUGGAGACUUGGCUACCCCGUGACUGGACUGGGAGGCUUCUAAGUACGGGCAAUGGAGGCUUGGGUGGCUGCAUUCAGUAUGAGGAUAUGGCAUACACCGUUGGCCUCGGCUUUGCCACCAUAGGCGCAAACAAUGGUCAUAACGGAACCAGCGGGGGUGCGUUCUACAACAAUGCAGACGUCGUGCAAGACUUUGCUUGGAGAUCUGUGUAUACGGGCGUCGUAGUCGGCAAGCAGAUCAGCAACGCCUUCUAUGGAGCUCCACACACAAAGUCUUACUACCUCGGCUGCUCGACUGGUGGGCGUCAGGGCUUGAAGAUGGUGCAAGACUUUCCAGAUGCCUUUGACGGCGUCGUGGCCGGAGCACCGGCGAACGCUUUCAACAAUCUGACUUCCUGGAGCGGCCACUUCUACACCCUCACAGGCCCCGUCAACGCAAGCACCUUCAUCCCCGCAAGCAUGUGGCCCGUAAUCCAUCAAGAUAUCUUGGACCAGUGCGACAACAUCGACGGAUACGCCGACGGCAUCCUCGAAGACCCAGACCUUUGCCAAUACCGUCCCGAGUCCCUGAUCUGCGGCCCUGGCAACACUACCAACUGCCUAACCGGCGAGCAAGCCAGCACCCUCAGGCAAAUCUUCUCCCCUCUCUACGGCCUUGACGGCAGCCUCGUCUACCCACGCCUUCAGCCCGGCGCCGAGCGCGUAGCGGGGCAAGCCAUCCUCAACGGCCGGCCAUUCCCGUACACCGCCGACUGGUUCCGCUACGCCGUGUACAACGAUCCAAGCUGGGACCCUGCGACGCUGGACGCGGCCGACUACGCCUACGCCACGCGUCUCAAUCCGGGCGGGAUCGAGACCUGGAAGGGCGAUCUCAGCGCCUUCAGAGACAGGGGCGGCAAGUUGCUCACCUACCACGGCCUCCAGGACGGCAUCAUCACCUCCGACAACUCGGCGCGAUACUACAACUACGUAUCCCGAACUAUGAACCUGCCCUCGUCUGCGUUGGAUAGCUUCUAUCGCUACUUCCGCAUCUCAGGCAUGGAGCAUUGUUCUGGUGGGCCCGGCGCGUGGCAGAUUGGGCAGAGCAGGGGCAAUGCGAGUUUGAGUCCUGAUGCGAAUAUCUUGAUGGCCAUGGUGAGGUGGGUGGAGAACACGACCGCGCCAGAGAGCAUUCUGGGCACGAAGUUUGUGAAUGACACGAGGAGUUUGGGAGUUGCGUUUCAGAGGGCGCACUGUAAGUACCCAACACGAAACGUUUACUCUGGAGAUGGGGAUCCGACGGAGCCGGAGAGCUGGGAUUGCGUCUAG